UUCAUGUUCAAUUCAACGGUCCGGAUACAAUCUCCAACAAGCCAAGUACCCGUAGGAGAUCCACUCUCCCUGAGAGAAACAGAAAAACAAAAUAGGAAGAUCGAAAUCGAAAAUCGAAGCAGAAGAACAAAAUCAAGUAGUCCCAGCACCCAGCAGCAUUUUGAUUUCUCCAAUUGAAUGAGGGUUACUAACUGUAAUAACUGUCUCCACCGUUGGAUCCACAUAAGAACCCAAGGCCAAUAAGAGGGAGAAGCUGAAAAGUGCGAGGGAUCCGAAUCUGAAGAACAAAGAUCCAAAUGACGGAUCCGAUUCUGGAUCUACAAGAAUCCGGUUGGGAGGAACUGAGGAGAGAAGCUCGAAAGAUCGAAGGCGAUCUCGAUGUCAAACUCUCUUCUUAUGCUAAGCUGGGUGCUAGGUUCACCCAAGGAGAUACUGGUUCGCCAACGGUUGGGUCAAGCAGGUCAUGGAAGUCUAUGGAAAUGGAAAUUCAAUCAUUGCUUGAGAAACUGCUGGACACAAAUGAUGCUAUGAGUAGAUGUGCUGCAUCUGCUGCACCGACUACUUCAGUGACACAGAAGCUUGCAAGGCAUAGAGACAUACUACAUGAGUUUACUCAGGAAUUUAGAAGAAUCAAGGGAAAUAUAAAUUCAAUGAGGGAGCAUGCAGAGCUUCUGAGUUCUGUCAGGGAUGAUAUCAGUGAGUAUAAGGCAUCUGGGAGUAUGUCACCGAGAAUGCAGUUACUCAGAGAGCGAGCAGCCAUCCAUGGAAGCAUAGCUCAUAUAGAUGAUGUGAUCAAUCAAGCUCAAACGACAAGGGCAGUGCUGGGCUCCCAAAGAGCUUUGUUUGGAGAUGUUCAAGGGAAAGUAAAACUUCUAAGUGACAAGUUCCCUGUUAUCCGUGGCCUGCUUGGCUCUAUCAGAAGGAGGCGUUCAAGAGAUACUCUUAUCCUGUCUGCAGUAAUUGCAGCUUGUACGUUGUUCCUCAUUAUUUAUUGGCUCUCAAAGUAACUAGAGAUGCAAUUUUACUAAUACCCAAAUGUUGAAAGUGGUUGUGUUUUGCUAAGAGAAUUUUGCUUAUAAUUUGUUAGAACAGAUCAAAUCACUCUGUAGCUAUGCUUGAUCACAGAAAACUUUCAUCUUUGUUUCAUAUGCAAAUCUCUUCGUUGCUCCGA